AUGAGUUCAUUAGAAAGUAUAGAUAAACAGUUAGAUCUUUUAGAUCUAACAAGAAAAGACAUACCAAAGGAUGGUUCGUGUUUGUUCAGAUGUGUGAGCGAAUCAAUCUUUGGUACACAAAAUUACCAUAACCAAGUAAGAAAGCAAUGUAUUAAAUAUUUAGAAUUAAAUAGGGAUAUGUUUGAACCGUUUGCAUGCAUUCAUAACCCAUGGGAAAAGUAUAUCGAAGAAAUGAAAAAAGAGGGCACAUGGGGUGGCGAAGUCGAGUUACAAGCAUUAUCAUCAAUUUACGAGGUUAAUUUUGUAAUUUAUAUUGGUGGUAAUAAUAAAACUGAAGUUAUUAAUGGUUAUAAUAAAAACAUUUAUUUAGCCUAUUGUCAUGGUGAACAUUAUGAUUUGGUUUUAAGCAAAAAUCAUUUUGGAUCAUAUAAACAGCUUCAAUCAAUAGUUUACGAAAUAAUCUAUGCAGCUAUGAAUAAACAGUACCCAAUUUUAGGUAUUCCUUUUAAAAAUAUUUCAUUAAAAUUAUGGGAAGAACAAGAUAAAGCCAAACAAAUUAGAGACUCUAAAAUUGUCGAAAAGCUUUUAAAAACCCAAACAGUAAAUGUAUUGGAUGAAUACCAAAUUAAUAAAAACAAAAAGAAAACAAAUAACAAAGGAUUAAGAAAAAGCAAUCAUGAUAAUACAGUAUUAAAUAAUAGAAGCAGAAAUAAUAACUUUGCUCCUUUGACAACUUCAAAUGAAAGCAUUUCCUCAAAUAAUUCAAUAGAGGACAACGAGGAUAAAUCGCAACAAGAAGAAGUUGACGAGGAACUUAAAGCAAUUUUUAAAGAAAUUGAAAUGCAGGAAAUUGAAGCACAAAGACGUAUUGGACUUGAAAAACAUUUUCCAACUUUACCUACAAAUUCAAAAAAAAAAUCAAACUCCAAUACACCAUCUAAUAAUUCACCACCAUUAUCAUCAACAAUAGCUGCUUCUAUUCAAGCCAUGGCUUUAAAUGAAACUUCAGAUGGUAUGGAUAUUAAUAAUAACAAUGAUAAUAAUCAUAGUAAUAAAGAAAGUAAUAUAAAUAAUAGUAAUGAUAAUAACAUAGCAACCACAACCACAACAACUACCAUUACCAAUACUGACCAAAGUAGCCCAAUAAAAGAAGCCAACACUGAUCAAAAAUUAGGUGGAUGGGGUGCAGUUCGAAAUUGGAGUAGUGUAAUUUCCAAUAUUCCCGAAAACCCAAUUGGGCAACCAACACAACAAGAGGAAAUGCAAAAAGCAGUAUCUCAAGCAACUUUAGAAGGAACGGAACAAGUUCCAGAGCAAACUCAACAUAAUAACUAUAGACCUCGAAAUAACAACUAUAGAGGCAAACAAAACAAUAACUAUCAUCACAGCCAUAAUAGAAAUGAAAAUUAUAAUAAUAAUGUGAAUACAAAUAAUAACUACUAUAAUAGAAAUGAUAAUAAUAACAAUAGAAAUGAAAACAACUUUAAAAACAACUAUAGAAACAAUAAUAACUAUAGAAACAACAACCAUUACAAUAACAAUACAAACAACUACUAUAAUGGUGGUGGCAAUAGAGGCUACAGCAGAAAUUAUGAAGUUGUUGACGGAAAUAAUAUUAUAAAUAAUAACAAAAAUAAUAAUGAAAAUAAUGAAAAUUAA